AUGGCGACGCUCCUCAAGCGCAAACGCUCCGCCGAGCUCUGCGACAACUCUAUGAUGGUCCUCGACGCACCGGCCCUGCACAGCCGCACCCUCAAGCGCUAUCGCGACAACCGGCCGUCGGACGAGGAGGUCCAUCGUAAGUUCUACGAAUGGCGCGCCCACCACCAUCUGAGCCCCAACCUGAACUCAUGCCUGCCCGCAGAGCACACCCUGGACCUGCUGUACUCGGCACAGCAGCGGCCGCAGGGCCACCAGCAGCCUCAAGACGCCGUCAUCGUCGCCCAGUCCGAGUCCGAGCGGCAGCCGGCUGCGAACGCGAACUCGAACGGCCAGCAUCAACAAUCGCUGCACAAGUUCUGGGACAUUGGCUCCGAGCCCAGCUCCGGCACCUCGUCGCCCGGCAUCGCCAACCCUUGCGCGCCGCCCACCAAUUGCGACGACUGCGGCGCCGCCCUGGCCGGCAGCGACGACGACAUGGACGUGGACGGCGGCUCUGCGCAGGACACGGCGUGCGGCGCGUGCGGCAAGCACGUCUGCUUCAGCUGCUCGGUGAGCAACCUCGGCGAGCAGAAGCGCUGCCUGCAAUGCGCCGGCCGAAGAGUCUGGAUCGGCGGCAUUGGCUGGACGAAUGCCGGCGUCUCGGUUUGUUAA